GAAAUACGUGUCCCAUUGCCGACUGCUGUUUACAGAGAAACAGUAUCCAAAUUUUAUCGAUUAAUUGCUGAUUCGGACUCUGAAACUAAAGAGAGAUCAUAUCAUAUCAUAUCCAUGUUUUCUUCUACUUCGCAUACGCAGCUUCUCUCCUUCUGCUUCUGUAAACCAAGUACACAACGACACCGUUUCUUGCUCCAAUCAACUAGCAAUGAUAAUCUUAAUCUCUUCAAAAACAGAGGUUUACUCUCUACACUCAGUUUCAGCCAUUUACAGGCUGUUCUAAACUCUUCUACUUCUCUAAUAACCAAAGAAGAAGAAGAAGAAGAACAAUUCGACCCUAAAUCGAACCAUUUCUUAACACUCCGAGAGCUUUGCCAAAAUUACGUCCCGGAGCCAGUUUUGCACAGGAUGGAAGAAAUUGGGUAUGUGAUGCCAACAGAUGUACAGAGACAAGCUUUGCCUGUUCUUUUUAGUGGGCAGGACUGUAUACUUCAUGGCCAGACAGGUUCUGGGAAGACACUUGCGUACCUUUUGUUGAUAUAUUCUGUCAUUAAUGCUCAAAGGUCUGCUGUGCAAGCACUUAUUAUUGUGCCUACCCGAGAAUUAGGAAUGCAAGUUACUAAAGUUGCUAGGAUGUUGGCUGCAAAGCCAAUGGAUGUUACUGUAAUGGCACUUCUUGAUGGUGGGAUGUUGAGAAGACAUAAGAGUUGGUUAAAGGCGGAGCCUCCUAAAAUUGUGGUGGCAACAAUAGCAAGUUUGUGCCAAAUGCUUGAGAAACAUAUAUUCAAACUUGAUUCAAUGCAGGUGCUGGUUAUUGACGAGGUGGAUUUCAUGUUCAACUCUUCAAAACAAGUCAGUUCUCUCCGGAAACUUUUAACAUCAUAUUCAUCAUGCAAUAGCCGUCAGACUGUUUUUGCUAGUGCAUCCAUCCCUCAGCAUAGACGAUUUUUGUAUGAUUGCAUACAGCAGAAAUGGACCAAGAGUGAUGCAGUUCAUGUUCAUAUUAAUCCUGUUCAGCCUAUGCCGUCGUGCCUGCAGCAUAGAUUUGUAAUAUGCAGUAAAAACCAGAGGCAUCAAAUAUUGCUCUCCUUGUUGCAGUGUGAUGCACCCAAGUCUGGCAUUGUUUUUGUUGGCGAGCAGUCUGAGAAAUCAAAAAAGGCCGGACAUGCUCCACCAACAACUCUCUUGGUUGAUUUCUUAGAAACUUCGUAUAGUGAUUGUUCAGAUAUCCUUCUUCUGGAGGAAGACAUGAAUUUCAAUUUACGAGCAGCUUCAUUAUCAGAAGUAAAGCAGGGAGGAGGCUAUCUUCUUGUAGCAACUGAUAUAGCUGCAAGAGGGGUUGACCUUCCAGAAACAACUCAUAUAUACAACUUUGAGCUGCCGAGAACUGCCGUAGAUUAUCUUCAUCGCGCUGGAAGAACAGGCAGGAAACCUUUUUCAGAUGAAAAAUGCUAUGCCACCAAUAUUAUUACACCAGAGGAGCGGUUUGUUCUGCAAAGAUAUGAAAAUGAACUAAUGUUCAAUUGUGAAGAGCUUAUUUUAUAGUUCCAGUGAUGAUUCAAUUUAUAAUUUUAUGGCUGCUUGCUUCUCUUUCCAA